CAAGUUUGAGAGGUUAACGCCCUCGUGACGCAGAGCGGCGGAUGCUUCGCGGUGUUGUGGCGACACUUCAUGAUGAACAACAACGACGAGCUUGACGGCGCAGAGGCCGCCACCACCACAUCAGAUUUCCAACAGCCGGAGGCCAAAGGACAAUGUGCUGCGACCGCCAAGUCCUGGACGAUCCAUGACUUCGACAUUGGACGCUCCCUUGGACGUGGCAAGUUUGGACAAGUGUACUUGGCUCGAGAAAAGGCUUCCAGGCGCAUCCUUGCGAUCAAGACUCUCGAGAAAGAGCAACUUCGAGUGGGCGGCGUCGUGCAGCAGUUGCGGCGGGAGGUUGAAAUUCAUUCGCGCAUUCGCCAUAAGAACAUUCUACCUCUCUACGCUACGUUCCAGGAUGAUGCCAGAGUGUACCUCGUGUUGCGGUAUGCCCCUCGCGGCGACCUCUUCACAGCCUUGCACAAUGCUCCGAGCGGCCGGUGCUCCCUUCGUCGUCUGGCGAUCGCUUCAUUGGUCUGUCGUAGGUUUGACGAGCGGUCGUCUGCCAGGAUCAUCCAGCAGCUCAUCGAAGCCAUCAUGACGUGCCACCAACACAACGUGGUCCAUCGAGACAUCAAGCCAGAGAACAUCCUCCUCGACAACGACAACGAAAUUCUCUUGGCCGACUUUGGGUGGUCCGCUGCCAACGUGAAUGCAACCAACCGCCGCCAAACCCUGUGCGGAACUCUGGACUACCUAUCCCCCGAAAUGCUGAAUGGGUGCACAUACGACGCAUCGGUUGACAUUUGGGCGAUUGGCGUUCUGCUCUUUGAGCUGCUCGUGGGGAAGCCUGCGUUUGAAGCGCAGGAUCAGUCGAAAACGUCCGACUUGAUUGUGAAUGCAAGGUUUCGUGUGCCGCUGUUUGUGUCGGAAGGCGCGCGCGACCUCAUCAAACGGUUCUUGAGGAAAGACCCUGCCUCGCGCAUCACGUUGCAGGAAGCUUUGCGGCACCCGUGGCUCGUUCGAAAUUGCCAAGUCAACGUGCCAAAACCCACAAGUCGCUCGUCGGCUUUGCGUGGAGCAACGGCGUCGCGUCCGUCCAGUGGAUCCACGGGCUCCCGCCGAACGACUUGACUUGGCCAGCUAACCAGGAAUGCACGUAUUCCCAUGUGCUCA